AUGGCAACUUCUUGGCGAUUUGCCGUUUUUCUCUGCAUGCUGCUGAUGGCGUCCAAGACCUCCAGCCUAGCCAACAAUGGCACAAAACAGAGCACUACGACAAGCAGUGUUCAUGACACCACUGCAAGCUCAGGACAUAACCCAAGUGGUGGAGGCGGUGGUCAUGUAGCACAGCCUAUCACCACUCUACCUAUUGUGACCUGGAAGUGGGAACAUGUCUCCACCCCGUUCCUGGUGGCCCUCUGGGUCCUGGUCUGCUGGCUCUGCAAACUUCUCAUCGAGGCCAACCAUCAUGUAAGCAAUGUGAUCCCAGAGAGUGGCCUACUCAUCUGCUGCGGCUUUAUUCUGGGUGGGAUGGUUUGGGGUGCAGACAAGAUGCAGAGCUUCAGGCUGAGCCCAGGCGUCUUCUUCUUAUAUCUGUUGCCUCAAAUCAUCCUGGACACGGGCUACGCCAUGCCAAACAAGCUCUUCUUCAGCAACUUGGGUUCCAUCCUGAUCUACACCGUAGUCGGGACCUGCUGGAACGCCGCUACCUUGGGGCUGUCGCUGUGGGGGUGCGCCAAAGGAGGAGCCAUGGGUAACGUGGACAUCAGUCUGCUCCAGUAUCUUCUCUUUGGCAGUGUGGUUGCCGGUGUGGACCCUGUAGCAGUCAUUGCCGUGUUUGAGCAAGUUCAUGUCAACGAGGUCCUUUUCAUCUUGGUGUUUGGACAGUCGCUGCUCAGCGACGGCGUGACAGUGGUGCUCUUCAAUGUAUUUGAUGCAUUUGUGUCACUGGGAGGAUCCAAAAUUAAUGCUGUGGAGAUCAUUAAAGGAAUAAUUUCCUUCUUUGUGGUGGCAUUUGGUGGUUCCCUCUUGGGCUUUGUGUUUGGCCUACUGGUUUCUCUUCUGACCAGAUGCACUAAAAAUAUCAAGAUCAUUGAGCCAGGCUUCGUCUUUGUCUUGGGAUACCUCUCCUACUUGGCUGCUGAGAUGCUCUCCCUGUCCGGCAUACUUUCGAUCGUCUUCUGUGGUGUUUGCUGCCAGAAAUACAUAAAUGCAAAUAUGGAUGAAAAUUCGGUCAACACAGUGAGAUAUGUCAUGAAGGUUUUUGCCAACGGAUCAGAAACCAUCAUCUUUGUGUUCCUCGGCAUCUCGGCCAUUGACACGACAAUCUGGGUCUGGAACACAGGGUUUAUCCUCCUCACACUCUUCUUCAUCUUUGUCUAUAGAUUCAUCUGUAUCUUUAUCCUCACCUGGAUGCUGAACAAGUUCAGGCUGGUCCCCUUGGAGUUCAUAGAUCAGGUGAUUAUGAGCUACAGUGGCCUAAAAGGGGCUGUUGCAUAUGGCCUGGCUAUGUUGCUGGAUGAAACCAAGAUAAAGGAGAAGAAUCUGAUGGUCAGCACUACUCUCAUUGUAGUGUACUUCACUGUCAUUAUUCAGGGAAUGACGUUGAAACCUCUGGUCACCUGGCUUAAUGUAAAGAGAGCUGCAGUGGCUGAGAUCACACUCAUAGAAAAAGUGCAGAACAAGGUGUUUGGUCACAUGCUUGUGGCCAUAGAGGAUAUAUCUGGACAAAUAGGACAUAACUACAUGAGGGGCAAGUGGAAUAAUUUUGAGGAGAAGUGGAUGACUAGAAUUUUGAUGAAGCCUUCGGCAAGGAAGAAGCUCGACCAUGUCUUCAAUGUCUUUCAUCAGCUGAACCUCAAGGAUGCAAUGAGCUACGUGGCUGAGGGGGAACAUAAAGGCUCUCUGGAGUUUAUCCGUAAUGAAACUGCGGUCAUAGACUUCAAGAAAAAGUUUGGUCACAGAUUUGCAGAUGUAAUGCCUGACAUCAUGACUGACACGUCUGACGAUUACUAUUCACUGUCCCCUAUGAGAUACCCUGUGCUAUCAGUGAGCAUGGAAAUGGAGGAGCAGAACAUGAAGGGUACGAGGAUAAGUGAGGAUGUUAACACUCACCACCUGCUACAGCAGCAUUUAUACAAGGGCAGGAAUCAGCACCUGCACAGGUACAGCCGGAGCCAUUUCGAUAUCAACACGGAUGAAAAUGAGGUGCAGGAGAUCUUCCAGAGGACCAUGAUGAAUCGUUUGGAGUCAUUUAAGUCUGCAAAGAUGGGUGUUGCUCCACUAAAGAUGAUUACCAAGCACACAAAGAAAGACCAGCAGAAAAAGAUGCCAAAUGGAAAAUCAAUGGACAAAAGUAAAACCUACCACUCGGCUGAUGAAGAUUUUGAGUUCUCAGAGGGAGACAGCACCUCUGGCUAUGAGGCAUCAGCCAGUUCAUAUCCCAUGAGGGUCACCCACAGAGCAGGAGAUGGAAUUGAGAAUCCUGCCUUCAUGCCGGACCUGGACCUCAUGCCGCAGGUGCAGAUCCUUCCGUGGCUGGCGGAGGCCGAGCCUGACAGCAACAUGGUGGCUCCUUCACAGCAAGCCCAGUUGAGGCUGCCAAUGACGCCCAGCACAUUGCACCGUCUGGCUCCUCUUCGCACCAGCACUCGCUCCACCGACUCCUUCAUGCUGGCCGACACUCCUGCCACGCAGCAGAUAGACAACGAGCAGCUGCUGCCACCUCCACCACCUCCUCUCGGAGACGGUGACUAAAUGUAGCAGCAUCCCACCCCUCCCUUAUCUCCCUUUAACCUGGCUGCCAAAGAAACCUAAUCUCAUACUUUGCACCGUCUAUUCUCAAAAUAUUAGACUAGGGAAUGUUUUAUUUUCAGUGCCAUUGUUUAGUCCAGAGCUUCUGGAGGCAAUUUCUCCUGUUACACCAUUCACUCAGCAAAGGGAAGCUGCACAUAAAGGGAGAGCUUUUGGGAGAAGGUCCUUUUCACCUUUUGACACCAUUGUUUUCUUAUCCAGUUUUCUCCACUAAAAUUGGCUCUGCCUGGAAACAACAGCAUCUUUUUCCCACUGCCGAGCAUAAAAAUAAAGGCUUUAUUGCAACAAUGUAUGCAUCAAUCAGUAUUACUUACAAUCAGACGAUAAGCUUGUUCAUGUGCUGAGAUCAUUGCGAAGGAGAAGGUCAUCUUGAGCCAUGUGCUCCAGAGCUUAUGCACAAGUGGGAGCGCCAUUGUAUGGGGAAUGCAAAGAGCCCUUCAGUACAAUGGGCCCACCCUCUUUUGCAGGAAUAUAUGAGUAAUACAGGACGGCAGAUUCUUGCACUUUUAGCAAAACAACAUAUAUGAUGGAUAAACUAGAUUCUUUUUAUAAAAUUGAUGAUCAACAAUAAAAAAUAUUUCCCACAUCCCGCCUUUGUCACACAUAAAAGAAGUCUCUUACCCUAUGAUGAGUCCAUCUUUGACCAAGUGACUUGCCUAGGCGUCCUGACAAUGACUGUAAAGUAUGGCAUCUUAUCCUGAGGGAGAUCUAUGAUCACUGAAGUACAUUCUGGUAAACCUAUCCUCCC